AUGCCAGCAACUUUUCUUGGAAUUCUGCUUGACACUGUGUCACUUACCCUUUCUCUUCCACCUGCUAAACUGGAUGCAUUGAGAGAAGUAGUGUCACAUUUUUUAACCAAGCAAAGAGCCUCUAAGAAAGAGUUGCAACGCCUUGCUGGUCGCCUAAAUUGGGCUUGUAAAGUCGUGUAUGAUGGUAGAACGUUCUUGAGACGUGUCCUGGAUCUGAUGAACACCUUGUCUUCCCCUGCCUCGAAGUGUCGCUUGACGCUCGAAUUUCACAGGGAUAUAGCUUGGUGGGAUCAGUUCUUGGGUGUGUUUAAUGGACAAUGCAAUUUCUAUGACCAAAAACCUAUUACCAGUCUGCAAACUGAUGCUUGCUCUGACGCCGUUGGUGCCUUUUUUGAAGGUGAUUGGUUCUAUUCUCAUCUAUGGGUAGACCAUUCCCCUCUUGCCUCUUUGCAUAUUAAUUUUAAGGAAGCCCUGUGUGAAGUUCUUUCUGCUAUUCGCUGGGCUCCCACUUGGAAGAACAAAACUAUUCAUGUCUUCUGCGAUAAUACUGCUGCUGUUGCUAUGCUUAAUAAAGGAACUACCCAUCACCCUGUUAUGAUGGACUAUUUACGUCAGUUUUUUUGGUUAUCGGCCACCUUCAAUUUUCGUUUAAAGGCUUUCCAUGUAGCUGGUGCUCAAAAUGUCCUUGCUGACGACAUAUCACGUCUUCAUUCAAGACAACACUUAUUAUCAUUUUUGCACUUUUUGCAGCUCAACUCACUGACUUCAGUCUGUGAUUUGGUUGCCAUCAAUCAUAUGUCUGCCUAUUCUUAUUAUUUUCUCAUUGGUAAGUAUAUCAUCUGUGGUAGCUAA